AUUAGGCUUGGAAUAUUACGUUCCCGUGUCCAAUAGAUUCCAUUCAUUUGAAACUAACUCAGAGAGACAGAGGGAGAUAAUUUGAUAAAGUUGAGGUGUGGCAUGAUACAAACAUCAGAGGCUUCAGGUCUCGCGUUGCUUUGCUAAUGGAAGUGUCAGAGUGUCAACAACAGACAGGCAGCAGCAGCAGCAGCAGCAGCAGCACAGCAGCUCUGUCCGGAGCAGGGAGGGGGGAGUCAAGAGGCUGUUUACACGUCGGCAUACUUGUCUGAGAUGGGGGAUGAUCGACCAUUUGUAUGCACUGCCCCUGGAUGUGGGCAGAGAUUCACAAAUGAAGACCACCUGUCAGUUCACAAACACAAGCAUGAAAUGACACUAAAAUUUGGUCCGGCCAGAACAGACUCUGUUAUCAUUGCAGAUCAGACUCCUACACCCACACGUUUCCUCAAGAACUGUGAGGAGGUUGGUCUAUUUAAUGAGCUGGCCACCUCCUUUGAACAUGAGUUUAGUAAAGCACAUGAAGAUGACCAGAGGACAAAACAUCCGGCUGCACCUCUUCAAACACCAUCUGAAGUAAAAGUUGAGGAUGAAGGUCCUUUAAGAGUUGAUUCUUCCUCUCCUGGAAGUCCAGAUUCCUCGUCCAGCAUGUCAGAUGACAGCAUAAGCUCAAGGGAGAUCCCUGCAAAGCCUGUGGCAAGCUCUGCCCCCACUCCAACCAUUGUGCGUCCAGGUUCUCUUCCCCUUCACCUGAGUAAUGACCCUCUACACCCAACUCUGCCUUCUCCAACAUCUGUCAUCACGCAAGCUCCACCAUCCAACAGACAGCUUAGUUCCCCAACAGGCCCAUAUCCACUGGUUAGGCACCUCCCCAACGGGCAGACAGUCCCUCUCCUGCCAAGUCCUGUGCAAAUGACUUCAGUCAUAUCUCUUGCAAGGCCAGUAAACUCAGUGCCUAACAUCCCUGGGAUUCCAGGACCUCCAGUGGGCGGAGCCAGCAGUGGGUCAUCCUCCCCAUCUGGGUUUAGUCUGCACUCAGAGACCAAGAUGCGACUGAAAGCAGCUCUGACUCAUCAGGGCCCAGGAGCACACGAUGGAGCUGGUGGGGGGGCAGGAUCUAUCCCUGCAGUCCCCCAGCGGCAGGAACAAAGCCAGCAGCCCUCUCAAAACUCUGACGCACCAUCACCUGCCCAACCCCAGGUUUCCCCAGCUCAGCCUACAGGAGGCCGGCGACGGCGGGCUACAGAGAUGGACCCUGACGAAAGGAGGCAGCGUUUUCUGGAAAGGAACCGGGCAGCCGCCUCUCGCUGCAGGCAGAAACGAAAGCUUUGGGUUAACUCUUUGGAGAAGAAGGCGGACGAUCUUGUCAACAUGAAUGUCUCCCUAACGAAUGAAGUCACCCUGCUGAGGAGUGAGGUGGCACAGCUAAAGCAGCUCCUCCUGGCCCACAAAGACUGCCCUGUGACUAUGAUGCAGAAGAAGGCAGCUUUCUUAGGGUGAAUGUUUCUUACUCUGUCUCAAGCUGCAGGAGGAGAGGAAACCUCCAGGGACACUCCCACUGAACCCAUAGGCUCCCCAGCUGCAGUUAUCCAGCACGGGCCGUCACCCCCAGCCCCCGCCUCCAGUCCAGGGCCCACCAUCAACGGCAUGAGUGUCCGGGCUGCAGAGGCGGUCGCUAUGUCAGUCUUAGCCGGCAUGGGAUCCGGACAGCCAGGAGGGAUUGUCAUGGCAACACAGUCACAGUCAACUUCAAGAUGAUGUGCUGAUGCAGGUGGAAAGUAUGAACACAAGUGGCCGGACUGGUGCAAAGUGAUUGAAAAGAGGGUCCUGCCCUCAGCCCCCAACCCCUGGUUAAGAUUCCCCCCUCCCCUCACAGCCAGUGAUAAUCACACACAGACACUUCACAGUGCCUCCGUCAACUCCUCUGUCCCACCAGGCUCCCCGCCCAGAGAAGCUCUGUCCCACUGUAUGUACAUAUGAAUAACACGGUGGACAACAACUCUGCAGGCAGGCUUUGGGGUCAAUUCUUGUUCAGUAGUGACCGUUGGAAAAAAUGUUUUCAAUAGGUAUGAAUGAAAGAUCUCUGUCAGAUAUAUCCGUUUAUUUUCAUUUCACUUUAAGAUGCAGCUUUAGUCCAACUCUGUCCCAAACGCUGGCUGUGAUGAGGUUUUGUUGCUUCCAAGGCUGACAGUUUUACUUGUAUUUUUCAAUUGUAAAAAGAGAUUUACAUGCCUGAUACUGGUCGUUGACAUAAAGUUUUGCUGAUGUAGUGAAAGUACAGUGACAGAUUAGUUGCCGGUCUGCAGUAAAAGGCAACCUGAAAAAUGUUUCUAAUAUUGUUUUUGCUUUCCAUCAGUUUUCUGUCUGUAUUUCCCUUUUGGAGUUAAUUCUUCUUAACUACACAUGACGGUUUAGUCAGCCGAGUGUUAAACAAACCAAAUUCUAGCUCUGUGCACAGUUUACCCUGUGGGUGUGUGCCUGACUUUUUUACCAUCCUUUUUUAAGCCAUUUGGAGUGGAUGUCAUUAAAUUAUUCCUGUAUGUAUAAAACCCUAUUGACUGCAUGGAUUACUUAAGGCUGAAGUAUACCACUGUGUGUUUGUGCUCAACAUACUAUCACUGUUUAUUGAUCUGCUUUUUUUCUGUUUUAUAACAUGAAAUUAUAAAUGCAAAAGCU